AUGGAAGAUGAAACCAAAAUCGAAAAGUUAUUUUGGCAGAUUUAUCGUAAUGUUACCUUGAAUAAAAAAAUUUUUCAAAGCCUUGUAUGGGACAGAAAUGACAAUUUAAAUAGAGAUUAUUAUAGAUACAACUUUAUUGAAAACCAAAUCAAAUUUAAAUAUAUCAAUUCAAUGGAAUGGAUGGUUAAGAGGGGUGAAUUUCAACUUUUAUUAUGCAAAAUCAAAGCCAAUGAAUAUAUAUCUAUGGUUAACAAAUCAUCCAUGGGUGAAUUUAUUCAAAGAUUCAACAAACAUGUUGAUAAUCAAAUAUUACAAGAAUUAUUCAAUAGGUUUAGAGGUGAAGAAAAAUACAAUAAAAUAUUAAUAGAGGUUUUUAACAAUAAAAAAGACAACCUUUUAGGUUUUUGCAUCAACAAUAAUUUUGAACAUCUAUUCAGUUAUUUGGUAAAUAAACCAUUAUCGAUUAAAAUAACCAAAGAUAAUUUAUCAAGUUUAAUAUUAAAAGAAAGUUUUAUUAAAAUAGUAAUAAAAUUAUAUAUAAAAAAUAAAAACUUCGGAUCAAUAAAAAAAUCAAAAAUAAAAAAGAUAAAAGAAAAUUUCCAAGGUUCAGUGGUCCACAAGCUAAUAGAUUAUUAUUGUGUCUUAAAAGAAGGGGAAAGUGGUAAUGAAGAUAUCGAGCAAAAGAUUGAUGAGUUAGAGGCAUGUGAAGUUACAACUACUGAUACUAAAUUAAAUUCAAAUGCUCUGGUCGAGGGGUUUAGGGAUUGCAAAGGAUGCGAGGUUAGUUUAUUUGCAGAGGCCAUUCUAAAAUGCGAUAUUGGAGUAUUCCAGUUUCUAUUAGAUUCUUUUCCAUUUAUUAAACUUGUUAAAAUCAAUAAAGAUCUAUAUGACACUUUAAUAGAUCAGUCAGGAAAUGUGUUUUUUACUACAGGUUACAGCGAAACCAGUCUUUUAAAUGCAUUAGAGUUUUGGAUUAAACAAUUUAAAGAAAGAGAUUCAACAUAUAAACUGCUUUGUAAUAGAAUGGUGGAUUUUUAUUUUGGCACAUUUAUCGGUCUAAAAGAUGCAAAGAUUGAAAGUUUGAUCAAAUAUUAUAAAUUACUGGCUGCUAAUGGUUUAAAAUCAAGACAUAUCACUUAUCACUCGUUUCAUUACCUUCGUCUCAAAUCAAUUAGAUUGUUCAAGUAUUUAAUGCAAAGACCAUACUUUUAUAGAAUUAGAAUUAGGUAUACUCAUUCAAUUAAAUCAUUUCCCAAUAUAGACACCCACAUACCAGAUUCAAAUCAGUAUAUUUAUGAAGGCGAUUAUAGAGAAAUAGUUCGGUGCGUUGAAGCUGGCGAUAGCUGUGAUUUAAAUAUAAAAAUAGCAAAGAUAACGGAUUUUAGCAACUUUCAAGAAUGUGAAAAUGAUGGUUAUGAAAAUUUAAAAGAAAAGGUUUAUGACUUUAGAAGGUAUUUCAAACCAAGCAAAUAUACAAUCGAUUUUAUUAUGGACACAAGCGAAGAUCAGUUGUUGGAGUCUCUAAGAGAAGAUGUUUCAUAUAAACCAACAGAAAAAAUGGCAUAUUCAUACCCCAGAUACCAGUCCAUUAGCCACUUGCACGAUUUCAAGUUUUAUUUAGAAACUAAUAGACAAGACAUAUUCUUUACUCAGUUAAAGUUGUUACAAGGUAGAAAAUCAAUUGAUAGUUUAAUUUCAAUUUACCAGUUUUUAAUCGACGGUGAUGAAAUAUACCAAGAGGAAGAGGAUUGUGUUAAUGAUAGAAACCUACCCCAUAAACCCCAAUGGGCAAUUCAAAACUAUGGUCUUUCAUUAGUGGCAAUGAUCAUCAGGGCAAUGGAUAUUCACUCAAUUGAUGCCAUCAUUGAAAUUUGUUCAGAGAUUCAAAAGGAUUUAAUUAAAAGAUUUUACUAUGAAUCAAUCAAAGAAUCAAGAUUAGACGUACUCGAUCAUAUAGUUUCAAAAUAUUACAAUAAAGAAAAUUUAAUAAUCCACAUAGAGUAUUUAAAUAUUGAUCUUUUUCAAAAUAGCAAUCCAAAAAAUAUACCCCCACUUAAUAACCAUCACUUUAUUAUAAAUUAUCUAAAAGAAAAAAAUAUACUUUUGUUUAAAACAAAAAAAAUUAAAAAUAAAUAUUAA